AUUAGGUGUCGCUCUCCGGUCACUUCCGUUUUUUUUGUUUUUAUUGGUGGAUGCUACUGCUUAUAAGUUAAAUUAUUUGUGAUUCUUAUUAGUUAUGUGUAGUUUUUAAAUAUGCUGAUCACCAACGUUACGGCUAAACAAGAUGAUUCGAUGGACUGGUCUGUAUCUGAAAAUGACAAUUUGGAAAUAUCUCCAGUAACCAGAAGAACUUUUAUGCAACACGAAAUCGACUCUCUAUCAGACGAAGAUGACUUUUCUGAUGAGAUAUCAUUAGUAGAUAGUGACGAUGAAAAACGUUUUGAUUUUAAUAGAUGUCCACCGCACCACUUGCAGGUUUCUAAGGAGUUACCUGGAAGAGGAUUCGUCAAGAAGAUUUUCACAAAUAGUAGGGAAAGAUGGAGGCAGCAAAACGUCAGCGGGGCCUUUGCAGAAUUAAGAAAACUAGUCCCCACUCACCCACCAGAUAAAAAGUUGUCUAAAAAUGAAAUUUUAAGGAUGGCUAUCAGAUAUAUUCGCCUCUUGACCAACGUCCUAGAUUGGCAACAAACCAACACGACAUCCACAAACCAUAUAAAUAUAAAAUGCGAAGAUCUACAGCAAAUCACCAAAUACAAUCCGAUCAUUUCAAUGAAUCAUAUGUCACGUUAUAGAGCAAGAAUAAGAAGGAAUAUUCUGCUUUCCCAACCGGGAUGUGAUAGGAAUGGAAACAAUUUAUUGAUGAUCGCUCCAAAUAAUCAUUUACCGUUGAGGAGAAGUAAUAUGUAUGCUAUUGAGUUACCUGGUGCGAGGUGCGGAAGGCGAGAGGAAGAGGAAGUGGUAAAAAUUGAGGAGGAGUGUGAAAAAGAGAAAGAAAAUCAAAGGAAGUGAAUAUCAUUGUUAUAUUUAAAUGUUCGAUAUUGUGUAAUAAAGUGUUGUGACUACCCCAAUAUAUUGUUCCAUUAUUAUCAAAUGGAAAACUACUUGUUAUAUACUUACUUACUUGCAUCACUAACCUUAUUUUAAUUUUACGUGUAUAAGAUGUCCUUGUCAUUAAGUUAUAAAUAAAACCAUUAAUUAUA